AUGUCGGGAGAGGUGCGUUUGAAGAAGCUGGAGAAGCUGAUUCUGGACGGGCGAGUUCAGACCAAUGGCCAGUGCCUCAGUGUUGAAACAUUGCUGGAUAUCCUGGUGUGCCUCUACGAUGAGUGCAACAACUCCCCACUCAGAAGGGAAAAGAAUAUCCUGGAGUUUUUGGAUUGGGCCAAACCGUUCACCUCAAAAGUGAAGCAGAUGCGAUUGCACAAGGAGGACUUUGAGAUCCUGAAGGUGAUUGGACGAGGAGCUUUUGGAGAGGUGGCAGUUGUAAAAGUUAAACACACAGACAAGGUUUUUGCCAUGAAGAUUCUCAACAAGUGGGAGAUGCUAAAGCGAGCAGAGACUGCAUGUUUUCGAGAAGAGAGAGAUGUGUUGGUGAACGGGGACUGCCAGUGGAUCACAACUCUGCACUAUGCCUUCCAGGAUGACAAUAAUUUGUACCUUGUAAUGGACUACUACGUCGGCGGUGAUCUCUUGACUUUACUCAGUAAAUUUGAGGACCGUCUUCCUGAGGAAAUGGCCAAGUUUUACCUGGCCGAGAUGGUGCUGGCGAUAGAUUCUGUUCACCAACUGCACUACGUCCACAGGGACAUUAAGCCUGACAACAUCUUGCUGGACAUGAACGGCCACAUCCGCUUGGCUGACUUUGGCUCCUGUCUCAAACUCAUGGAGGAUGGAACGGUCCAGUCGUCGGUUGCAGUGGGGACUCCAGACUACAUCUCCCCAGAAAUUCUCCAGGCAAUGGAGGACGGGAAGGGGAAGUACGGGCCCGAGUGCGACUGGUGGUCCCUGGGAGUCUGUAUGUACGAGAUGCUGUACGGAGAGACGCCUUUCUAUGCCGAGAGUUUGGUGGAGACUUACGGGAAAAUUAUGAACCACAAGGAGCGGUUCCAGUUUCCUCAGCAGGUCACAGAUGUAUCGGAAGACGCUAAAGAUCUGAUCCGACGCCUCAUCUGCAGCAGAGAGCACCGACUGGGACAGAACGGCAUCGAAGACUUCAAACAGCACCCCUUCUUCUCUGGCAUUGACUGGGAAAACGUACUCUCAUGCGAGGCCCCUUACAUCCCUGAAGUCAGCAGCCCCACGGACACUUCCAACUUUGAUGUGGACGACGACUGCCUCAAAAACUCUGAAACGAUGCCACCUCCGUCUCACACAGCGUUCUCUGGGCACCACCUUCCGUUUGUAGGAUUCACCUACACGAGUAAAUGCAUCCUGUCGGACCGCGGGUGCCUGAGACAGUUAUCUGGGGAGCCUGGGAGAGGGGGCCAUGAUCAGGUCGAUCAGGAGGUGCAGCGUGGCCUGGAGGACAGUCUGGCGGUGGAGGCUUACGAGCGGCGGAUCAGACGACUCGAGCAGGAAAAAGUCGAACUUAGCCGCAAACUACAAGAAUCCACUCAAGCAGUACAAGCUUUGCAGCACCCGUCCGGAGACAGUCCCAUCAACCACAACAAAGAGGUGGAGAUCAGAAGUCUGAAGAGCGAGAUCGACAUCCUCAAGAAGCAAAUUGCAGACUCGGGUCAGCUGGAGAAGCAGCUGGAGGAUGUGACAAUGGCACGCAGAGACCUGGAGGAUUCGUCCAAACACAUCAAAACUCUGGAAAAACAGAUGAGGAGUGUUGCACAGGAGCGAGAUGACCUGAACAAGGACUUGAUAGAGGCCAAUGAGAAGCUCAAGUCUCAGUCAAAGGAUCUGAAGGAGGCACAUACUCAGAGAAAAGUCACUCUGAAAGAGUUUUCGGAGCUCAACGAGAAGCUGACGGACUUCAGAUCGGCCAAGCAGCGCCUGUCCCGUCAGCUGCGGGACAAAGAAGAGGAGAUUGAGAGUCAAACGCAGAAGGUGGAGUCUCUGAGGCUUGAGGUGCGAAAGGCUGAGAGAGCAAAGAAGGAGAUGGAGGCUCAGGCUGAGGAGCAGGCAGCAGAGGCUCAGAAAGAGCGAAAGCUGAGAGAGAGAAACGAGCAGUACAGUCGUCAGCUGGAGGAGGAGCUGGAGGGGCUCAAAUUGAAGGCGCCUGGUCCCAACGCCACCUCUCCCUCCGCGGACCAGUCGCAGGAGAUGGGGCGGCUGCGCGGGGACCUGGAGAAGAAGACUGUGCUUUUCGAGGAGGAGUUGUCACGCAGAGAAGCCCAGCACAGCUCCGAACUCAAGGCUCUGAAGAAGGAGCUGAGAGACGCGGAGAGUCAGCACCUGGCUCUGCAGAAGGAGAUCCUGGUGCUCAAGGACAAGCUGGACAAGACACGCAGAGAGAGCCAAUGUGAACGAGAGGAGUUUGAGACAGAGUACAAGCAGAAAUAUGAGCGAGAGAGAGUGCUGCUUAUGGAUGAGAACAAGAAGCUCUCCAGUGAACUUGACAAGCUCACCAGUAUGUUCGAGAGGCUGAACAGUUCAAACCGGCAGCUGGAGGACGAGAUGAGGGAGCUGGCCGAUAAGAAGGAAAGCGUGGCACAUUGGGAGGCACAGAUCACGGAGAUCAUUCAGUGGGUGAGUGAUGAGAAGGACGCUCGUGGUUACCUUCAGGCUCUGGCCACGAAGAUGACCGAAGAACUCGAGGGACUGAGGAACACCAGUCUGGGAGCACGCGCUACGGACAUGCCUUGGAAGAUGCGGAGGUUCGCUAAGCUGGACAUGUCCGCGCGGCUGGAGCUGCAGUCGGCUCUGGAUGCUGAGAUUCGAGCCAAACAGAGCAUCCAGGAUGAGCUGAACAAGAGCAAGGCCGACCACAUCUCCACUGAAUGUAAACUACAAGAGGUGGAGACAAAGAACCAGGACCUUUUGGCUGAAAUCGAUCGUUUGAAGAAAGAGUCUGAAGAGCUUCGACUGCGGCGAGGUGUAAAACACCAAGAUUCCCAGAAUUCCUUCCUGGCUUUCCUCAACGCACCCACCUCGGCCCUGGAUCAGUUUGACCGUUCGCCCUCCGUUGGCCCGGCUAAAGGCAGACGUGUGGACUCCAUUGAAAACUUCACCCCCUCCAACACUCCCUCGAGAGAAGACCAUCCCAAGUCUCUGCUCAAAGACCGCUCACGAUCGCCCUCUAUGGCCAGUGACAUGGAGCCAAUUGAGUUGAUAGACCACCCGGGCCGACCAUUCCAGACCCCCACCAUGAGGUCAGGAGGCUGCGGCAGCAUCGGACGCUCCUCUCCAAAGCCCAAAGCUCAUCAGUUUGUGGUGAAGUCGUUCAUCACACCCACAAAGUGUAACCAGUGCACCUCCCUCAUGGUGGGACUCAUACGCCAAGGCUGCACGUGUGAAGUGUGUAACUUCUCGUGUCAUGUGACGUGUGCGGACAAGGCUCCUGCAGUUUGUCCGGUGCCACAGGACCAGACCAAGGGCCCCCUGGGGAUUGACCCACAGAGGGGCAUCGGCACGGCGUACGAGGGCACAGUCAGGGUUCCAAAGCCAACGGGGGUGAAGAAAGGGUGGCAGAGAGCGAUGGCAGUCGUCUGUGACUUCAAAUUGUUCUUGUACGAACUCGGGGAGGGAAAGGCCACACUACCCAGCGUCAUAGUCAGCCAAGUUAUAGACAUGAGGGAUGAAGAGUUUUCAGUCAGUUCAGUCCUGGCCUCGGACGUCAUCCACGCCAGCCGCAAAGACAUCCCCUGUAUAUUCAGAGUCACAGCCUCGCAACUCUCCCCCUCCAGCAAUAAGACGUCCACCCUGAUCCUGGCCGACAGCGACCAGGAGAGGAACAAGUGGGUGGGGCUUCUGAACGAGCUGCACCGCAUCCUGAAGAAGAACAAGCUGAAGGAGCGCUUCGUGUACGUGCCCAAAGAGGCCUACGACUGCACCCUGCCCCUCAUCAAGACCACCCAGUCGGCGACCAUCAUAGAUCACGAGCGUGUUGCUCUGGGAAACGAGGAGGGACUUUUUGUUGUACAUGUCACCAAAGAUGAAAUCAUCCGCGUGGGCGACAAUAAGAAGGUGCACCACAUCGACCUGAUCGCGCAGGAGCAGCUGCUGGCCGUGAUCUCGGGGAGGAACCGCCACGUGCGCCUCUUCCCCACGCAGGCUCUGGACGGCCGCGAGACCGACUCCUUCAAACUGGCCGAGACCAAAGGCUGCACGAGCAUAGUGUCCGGUCCGGUGCGCAAUGGGUCCCUGACCUGCCUGUGCGUGGCCAUGAAGAGACAGAUCAUCUGCUACGAGGUGAACAAGAGUAAAAUGCGUCACCGACGGCUGCGGGAGCUGCAGGCGCCGGGGCAAGUGCUGUGGAUGGGGCUACUCAACGAGAGACUCUAUGUGGGGUACCAGUCCGGCUUCACCAGAUACAGUGUCCAUGGCGACGUGUCCCCAGUGAGCCUGCUGCACCCGGAGGACCACACGCUGGCCUUCAUCCCGCAGCAGAGCCUGGAAGCCCUAUGUGCGGUGGAGAUCUCCAGCAAAGAGCUGCUCCUCUGCUUCAGCGCCAUCGGGGUAUACGUGGACUCUCAGGGCCGGCGCUCACGGCAGCAGGAGCUCAUGUGGCCUGCCCUGCCCAACGCGGCCUGUUACAACGCCCCCUACCUGUCGGUUUACAGCGAGAACGCGGUCGAUGUGUUUGACGUCAACACAAUGGAGUGGAUCCAGACCAUUCCUCUGAAGAAGGUGCGACCUCUGAACGUGGACGGCUCUUUAAAUCUUUUGGGACUAGAAACGGUUCGCCUCAUCUACUUCAGAAACAAGAUGGCCGAGGGAGACGAGCUGGUGGUGCCGGACACGUCUGAUAACAGCAGGAAGCAGAUGGUGCGGAGUCUGAACAACAAGAGGCGCUUCUCCUUCAGGGUCCCAGAGGAGGAGCGGCUUCAGCAGAGGAGAGUGAUGCUGCGAGAUCCAGAGAUGAGGAACAAGCUGAUCUCAAACCCCACAAACUUCAACCAUGUGGCUCAUAUGGGACCAGGAGACGGGAUUCAGAUCCUCAAAGACCUGCCCAUGAAUGUGCGUCUCCAGGAGAACCACGCUGGCUUCAGUGGUUCGGUCAGUAUUCCCUCCAUCACCAAGAACCGAGGCGAGCCGGGGCGGUCCAUGAGCGCCAGCAGUGGACUGGGGAUACGCUCUUCCUCUCAGAACGGCAGCGCUCUGCGGAGGGAGCUGUCUGGAGGCAGCUACAGCUCCAAGCGUCAGGCCAUGACGUCGCCGUCGGAGAGCUCUCUGUCGUCAGGCGGAGGAAUGGACUGUGGAGACGCACCGCUGUCACAGUUCGAUCGAGAGUGGCACGCCGUUUCGCCGUCGGAGAAGACCCCUGAUCUGAAAAGGGCUUUGCGGACACUUCUUAGUAAGAUGAAGGACUCGGACUCCCCGCGGCACUCCACGGCGUCCAACAGCUCCACGUUCAGCAGCCCCCCGAGCCCGGCCUCCCCCCACAAGACCAAGUCCCUGUCGCUGGAGAGCACGGACCGUAUGGGCUGGGACACAUGA